AUGUCCACUUUGGCAGCGGAUCUUGCUUUUGAUUUCACAUUUCCUUCCGGCGAGCCGGCCACGCCACCCACAACCUCAUACUCUUAUGAUCCAAAUUUGCUGGAUGUUCCCUAUCAGCACCAUCCCAACCACGGUCUCAUCGGUGGCCGUCAUGGCGACUAUCGUGGGCACUCUCGCUCCGCUUCACAAUGCUCGGCAUACUCGGCCUAUUCGUUUGCCUCCUCCACUCCUUCGGAGUCGUUUCUGAGUGUUGCCGGCAGCUUCAACACAGCCCCCAGCACUCGCAAUAGCACACCAGCUCGCUCUCCCAUCCGCACGCAUGGCCCGUUGCUGCUUCCAAAAAUUCGGUCUCGGGAUCAAGCUUUAGGUUCAGAUGAUGCAUAUGCCAAUGCGUACUCCCCGCCGAAGCGUGCAAAGACAUCCCCAGCUCCCCAGGCAGUUCCUCGUGGCCGAUCCACUGCUGCUGUCCACCGUCGCCGUCCCACCUAUCCUGUGGUAGCGAGGCAUGUCUGCAGCUUCACAAGCCCAGAUCCUGGCAUGUUUCCUUCUCGCUCGUUCUCCGAGCACAACACUUCGCCGGAGCGUGCUGUCUCCAGGCCAUUGUCGUCUUUUGAGUCCACGCCACCCCCACCCACAUUAUUGUGCUCGUCUGUCGACUUUGUGCUGAAACACGACGGUUCUCUGACUAUCGAUCCUGGACGGCGCGCUUCGUAUUGCAAUCUGGACGAUGGCAGCCGCAACGAUGACCAAGCCAAGUUUGAGUAUGGCUUUGCUCCGUAUCCCGGUACUGUGCCAAGCGCAACCAUAUCAGACAUGACUGCUGUGCCGACCGACUCCACCGAAGAUGCUUAUUUAUACCAGCACCAUAGGUAUGGAUCUCGCGCUCUUUCGCCGUUUUCCGUGGAAUCCAUAUCGGUUGAAGCCACACCUGAGCCAAUGCUUCCUCCAGCUGUUGCCGCUGCUGCGCCGGUGGCGGGUCCCAGCUCCAGCCUCCUCAACUACCUCACUGCUCCAAAUCCAGCUCCGGCUCUUGUCCGCACCAUCUCCUUUCCUCUGCGCGACCCCAGCACAAAGCAUUUUUGGUGGGACAUUCGCCAGGUGCGGUCGUGGUCAGCCUUUUCCGCCACAGGGCUUCUGUCCCUUCCAGGAGCCACGGCCGUGCUUUCAUGUCCUGUGCCUGUGUCCUUUCUGCCACCCCAGCAGACAGCCACUUGCCAGCACCCAGAGACCGAGAUAGAGCUGCAGUCGAUUUGCGCAGGCCACUACCUGCCGCGCGUAAACUUUUCCCUCACACUGUCGUCGCCGCGACCCAUUCAAUUAGCCAUGGCAGGCGACGUCUUCGUUGGAAGAACAGCUGGCGAUGCCUCUUCGGCCACUGCACUGUUUGGCGGCAAACCCACCGCUCGUGUUGUUGGACUCGUUAAGAGCUACGAUCGCUUCAAUACGGGCAUGCGUGUCGAGGGAAAUGUGAAGAAGGUGGAGUAUUUGCGUGGGCUAGCACACUUGCACCACCUAAUGCGCGAGCACAGCUGUCGGUAUGGAUUUAUCCUGACCGAAAUUGAGCUGGUGGUUGUCCGCAACGGAACGGAAAUGACGCCUCUGUUUGGCCAAGUUGAAGUUGCUAGUGUGCCGCUGGCCACGACUGUCGAGAGCCCGGAAAUUGGUUCCACGCCGCUGACGGCCUGCAUGGCUCUGUGGGGACUGUGUAUGCUGGCGAGUGAUGAAAUGGCAGCAGCAGCUGCUGCCACUGCACGAUCCGAUUCAGACGAGGGCAGUUUGUUGUGUUCACACCACACUCAUAUCGGGGCACCUGCAGAAGGUACUCGCCGCAAAGCUGCCCCUCGCGAUUCCUGGAUGCCCCCCCCUCAGCUUGCUGAGAAGCGGACUGCAAAGAGAGCACGUGGAUGGGUGAUGCCGGAAGAUGCAGUGGGCCGGAAAGAGAUGGGUCGGCGUGGAGUGCGGUAUGGUGGUCCGCAAUAG